AUGGCGGCGAAUGCCAUGAAUCUUUCCUUGAUACCGGCAGUGGACGACAUGAUUUCUCGAACAACUGCUUGGCAGUCCAGUGCUGAUGGUCGCACAAGCUUGCUCGAUGCCUUGCAGAAGUUGUUCAAGGCCUAUGACAUCAACGAAGCUGGGAAGAUUGCGUGCAGUGAUUUCGUGAAACUGGAAAUACGCAAUGGUCUGGAUCAGGGCGAUCCGCGCAGGAUCCUGCAAGCCUUCCCCAAGAUGAUGCGCGCUGACGCUUCUGGGUCAGGGAUGCUGAACUUCUUAGAGUUUUGUGCAGCCCAAUUGGCAUUACCAGAUCAAGACAGCGUAUCACGGAAAAUUCCUUCCAUUGCAGACUUGUUGCGUGCAGCCAAGCGGGACCUUGCCAGCACGUUGUCCGAAAGGUGGCGAAUGGGAGCGCGUUAUUCCGUCGAGAUUCGUCAGGAGCUUCAGCAGGUGUUCUCUGGCUGGAAAGUAGAAGGUGCUUCAUGCCUAUCUCCAUGCGAUUGGGUGAUGGCAGCGAAAAUUGUGGAGGCGGAAUGCGACAACAUUUUAAGUGCAAGGUGGACGGGUGAGGCAUCCUUUGCAGAAGCAGAUCGAAACCGUGAUGGGCUACUUGAUCUGGAGGAGUUCCUUUCCUUCAGCUGUGGGGUGGUCGAAGAGUUCUUUGAGCAGGAUUUGUCAGGUGCCUUGCAUAUGCUGAGGAAGGUGAAGUCACAUCAUGACAGCCGCCCUCCCACCCUGAACGUCAAGAUUGCCGUGCACAUGCCGCAAGCCUUCGGCGUUUUCCAACUCCCAAACCAGGCACAGCAUUUGGAGUCUGCUUACCGCCAUGCUUUGGAUUUGGAGCUGCCAAGUUCGAUCACGAGGCUCUCUGAUUUUCUGACGGUGUUACGGCUCAAGCUUGGUCUGAUACGCAUGUGGUUCGCUGUCUUUUGGCAAUCACCUGGUCGUAGCAUGGAGAAGCACCUUGACUUGCUGUCUCCAGAGAAUGGCCACAAGCUCCUGCACGAAACCUUCGACGGGGCAGCCAAGAAAACAGGCUUCGUUGCGCCGACGAUUUACAUUACAAACAUCAGGCCGAAAGCGUUUCAGCUGCAGGAAGUGCUUUGUCAGGAGCUGGAGCUCAAUACUCUACGAGUUCAAACCGGUACGCGUUGGUGUGUGGAUUGGGAGUUGCAGCUGCUGGGGUCAGCCCGCAGUCGCUUCAUCAAGUGCCCCAGGGACUUCCGCAUUGCCGUAGGCGACAGCAUAGUCAUCAGUUUGCCUCCAGAAGAAACAGGCAUUGUGGUCAAGGCAUACAUGGGAGAUGGUGGAGCUCUCUCCAAGCCAAGCAUUGAGCAAGUGCAAGUUCAGAAGGGCAAGCGAGGGAAGCAGGUCAUCCAGGCCUUGUCUGGUGGUGUCGCAGAUGGUGCUGCAGGUGCAGCAGGCAACGAACUGGUCCCAAAGGCUCCAGCAGAUCCAAAACCAGCAAACAAGCGGCCACAAAGCGGAGUGUCCCACCGAACUGCACGCCUUCACGUGGAUCGUCGUCUUGUCUUCGUUGGGCAGAAGGAAGGGACCUGCACCCUCUUCACUGAGCUUAGCUGGGAGCAUCAGGAAGAGCUGUUGGCCCAGGGCAUGUUUCCCACACCUGCCGCGGAGGCAUCUGUGGGAAGGAUUGGGCCUUUGCAGAUCACAGUGCAAAAAAGUUCGCCGCAAGUCCCAGAGCUGCAGAAAGCGAAGGGCUUUCUAUGGUGGACUGGAAGCAAGUGGGCUGCAAAGCAGAUGAAGUCGAAGCCGCAGCCGGAGACUCGCCCAAAGACGCCCGCUGAGAUGCAACAGAACCAAUCUAGCUGGGCCCGAGCCCCGCCCAAGAGGCCUUGA